AUGGGGAGCAGGGACACUGGGAUGGGCACAGUUGGGACCAGGAGCACCCGGGCACUGGGCUCACCCCGUCCCUGUGGCAUCACUCACGGCUGGGUAGCGGGGCCGCUGGCACUGGCGCGGGACCUGCUGGCCGAGGGCGGGGAGCCCUUCUUUGUCCUCAACAGCGACGUGAUCUGCGAGUUCCCCUUCGCGGCGCUGGCCCAUUUCCACCGGCAGCAUGGCGGUGAGGGCUCGCUGGUGGUCACCCGUGUGGAGGAGCCGGCCAAGUAUGGCGUGGUGGUAUGCGAGGCCGACACCGGCCGCAUCUGCCGCUUUGUGGAGAAGCCGCGCGUCUUCGUGUCCAACAAGAUCAAUGCCGGGCUCUACAUCUUCAGCCCCGGCAUCCUGCAACGCAUCCAGCUGCGCCCCACCUCCAUCGAGAAGGAGAUCUUCCCGGCCAUGGCGCAGGAGGGGCAGCUCUACGCCAUGGAGCUCCAGGGCUUCUGGAUGGACAUCGGGCAGCCAAAGGACUUCCUCACAGGCAUGUGCAUGUACCUGCAGGCGCUGCGGGCGCAGCACCCCGAGAAGCUGCACUCGGGGCCUGGUGUCGUAGGGAACGUGCUGGUGGACCCCAGCGCCAAGAUCGGGUCGAACUGCGUCAUCGGCCCCAACGUGACGAUCGGGGCCGGCGUGGUGGUGGAGGACGGGGUGCGCAUCAAACGCUGCACCGUGCUGAAGGGAGCCCGCAUUCGUUCCCACUCCUGGCUGGAGUCCUGCAUCGUGGGCUGGAGCUGCUCCGUGGGGCAGUGGGGGCGCAUGGAGAACGUGACAGUGCUGGGCGAGGAUGUCAUCGUCAACGACGAGCUCUACCUCAACGGGGCCAACGUGCUGCCACACAAGUCCAUCGCCGAGUCUGUGCCAGAGCCGCGCAUCAUCAUGUAGCAGCCCCCGGUGGGCUCUGCAUUCCCGGCUCUGCUUGGAUUAAAUAUUUAUAUUUCCA